GCAUUUAUAUAUCUAUCUUUUUUUAACUCUAAUUAAAUAAUUUUGUUUUCUCUCUCUUUUACACUGUGUUUAUAUUAUUUUUCCUCUCGUCACUGACAAAAAAUAAGCUUUUAUCCCAACCAGUAUGCUGACAACAACAAAAAAAGCAAGAAAAAAAAUAUAAAAGUAAUAAAAAUAAAAUAUAUCAGACUACAGUUGCUGACUGCCAUUUAAUAUCAGCACAUAAUGGUUUUUUUUUUUUUCUUUUUUUUUCUAUUAUUUUCAAUUUUCAAUGAAAUUGCAAUCAAUUUGUUAUGAUACUCGGUGUGUGGAUAAAUAAUCAAAAAAAUAAUAUUGUGAAAAUAAAUAUAUUUAGUUUUUUAAAUAAUUUUAUAAACAAUUAUUAUUUUAGCAACAAAAUAAAAACAAUAUAAUAAUAAUAAAGUGGAUAGUUGAUUGGUUGAUUGACGACAUUCGAGUGGAGACUUUGAAGAGUCAACUCAUGAACUCCAACAACAAUUGUUAUUUAUUUUUUUUUUUUUAUUAUUAUUAUUAAAUAAAUUUUAGUACAGUUUUAUUUUUGUUAAAGUUUAUUUGUUUAUUUAUAAUUUAGUUGUUUUAUUUGUAUUUGAGUUAUUGAGAAUUUUGGAGUAUUUUUAUUGCAAAAAUGAAGCUGACACUGAGAUGUUUUGGAAAUAUAAGAAAAAUGCUGGAUUUUUAUUCACAAUUUAAUCCAUCACCACUGUCAAUUAAACAAUUCAUUGAUUUUGGUUUAAGUGCAUGUGAACGAAAAUCAUUCACAUUUUUGAGAAAAGAAUUGCCAGUUAGAUUGGCAAAUAUAAUGCAAGAAAUCCACUUGUUACCAGAACAUCUACUUCGUAUGCCAAGUGUUGGAAUUGUUAAUAAUUUAUAUAUAAAAUCAUUUGAAGAAAUACUACAAUUUGAAACAUCUGACAUUAAUAAUGAUACACUUGACAAAUUUUGUCAGGCGUUAAUUAAAAUACGUAAUCGUCACAGUGAUGUUGUUGAAGUAAUGGCAAAAGGUGUCCUUGAAUUAAAAGAAUCACAUGAUGUUGAUGUACAAAUGGAAAAUAGUAUGCAAUAUUUUCUUGAUAGAUUUUUUAUGUCACGUGUGUCAAUAAGGAUGUUGAUAAAUCAACACACAUUAUUAUUUGGUGGUGUAUUGAAUGGACACAGUAGACACGUGGGUUGUAUUGAUCCAUUUUGUGACGUUAUUAGUGUCGUUAAAGAUGCAUAUGAAAAUGCUCGUUUUUUAUGUGAUCAAUAUUAUCUUGCAAGUCCUGAAUUGAUUGUUAAAGUUCACAAUGCAUACGAUCAAAGCAAAGAAGUGAGAAUAAUAUAUGUACCAAGUCAUUUGUAUCAUAUGCUAUUUGAAUUAUUUAAAAAUAGUAUGAGAGCUGUUAUGGAACAUCAUGGAUCAGAUUCUGAUUCUUAUCCACCAGUUGAAGUAACUGUAAUUCAAGGAAAAGAAGAUAUUUGUGUCAAGAUGUCUGAUUUGGGUGGUGGAAUACCAAGAUCACAAACUGAUCAUUUAUUUAAAUACAUGUAUAGUACAGCACCACAACCAAGUCAAUCUGGUAGUGAUACUGUUCCAUUGGCUGGUUAUGGAUAUGGUCUUCCAUUGUCUAGGCUUUAUGCUAGAUAUUUUCAUGGUGAUAUUGUGUUGAUAAGUUGUGAGGGAUAUGGUACUGAUGCUGUUAUUUAUAUGAAGGCACUUUCAAAUGAGGCCAAUGAAUUAUUGCCAAUAUUUAAUAAGACAUCAUCAAAGUUUUAUCGUACACCAGUACCAACAGCUGACUGGAGCAGUUCUUGUGGUGGUGGUAUGGCAGCAAGACAAUUAAAUAUGAGCCAUAAUCAAGGACACAGAUUACCAAAUGGUAUGAAUGUCAAUCCUUGUUAAUAUCAUUUAUUAUUAACAAUUAAAAUUGGUCCAAUAAUACUGAAAUUCAUAUUGAUAAUAAAUAAAUUCAUUAAUUAAAGUGAUAAAAUUGAUAUUCAUUGAUUGAAAAAAGUUUUUUUUUUAUUUUUUUUUUGUUAUUGUAAUGAUUUGAUUGUAGUAAAUAUAUUACACGGUGUAAUUUUAAAUUUAUAUUGUAAAAAUGAAAAAAUUAGUUUUAAUUUGUUAUUUUAAUUUUUUGAAAAUACAAUUCCAUUAAAUUAUUAUUAUAACAAUUUUUUUUUAUUUUUAUUUUUUAUUAUUUGUUUGAAUAUUUAUGCAAAAAAAAAAAAAAAAUUAUAUAUUUUAUUUAUAUUAUUAUUAUCGCACAGUUUAGAAUUUCAUAUAAUUUUAUUAUUAUUUAGUUGAAAAAUAAAAAAAAAUGAAUUAAAUUAUUUUUAAAAUAGAAUAUACACUUUUUUUUUUUUUUUUUUUUUUUAACGAAAAUAUUUAAUUUGUGAUUGAUUUUAUUUUAGAAGGAUGGUAAAUUUAUUUUUAAUUAGAAGAAAUAAUAAAUAAUAUUGUAAAAUGAAAAAGAAAAUAAUAAAAUAGAAUCUCGAGUAAUUAAAAAAAAAAUUACUAGAGAAAAUUAUUUGUAAAAAAGAAAAAAAAGUAUGUUAAUUGUUGUGAGAAAAUAAUAUUGUACUGAAGCUUGAUAAUGUUGUUAAAAUAAAACGUGAUAAUGGCUUUUAAAAAGAAAAAA